GGGAUACAGGGAUAAAGGCUGAUAAGGCUGCAACAGACAGCACAGAGAAAGAGGAGACGAAGUGAGUGAGUGGAGCUGUAUCCUCUCUGAAGUCCGACAGUGUGAUUCUGCUGCAGCUUCUCUUCCCGUCACUGACCCGACUGACCCAACACAGAUGAUGUCAUCAGAGCACCUGACCUGCGGCUGGCUGCAGCAGCUCCUCGUUGUACUUCUGAAGCUUUGCCUCACUUUUGCUGGGCCUCUGCGACCGCUCAAUGGGACGGAGUGCACAGCCAAGGGUCCUGCUUCCUACAUCCUGGUCUUUACAGGUCACUGGAGCCCACAGGCCUUCCCCAAGCAGUAUCCACUGUUCCGGCCCCCUGCACAGUGGUCCAAACUCAUUGCGGUCAGCCAUAAUCGCCAUUUUCGGCUGUGGGAGGAGGGUGCUACAGCCAGUACAGGGGUGCAGAACUUUGCUGAAGUCGGGGUGACGGUGGAGCUGAUGAAGGCAGCCAAGGAGGCCAGGAAGAGGCGUGCGGUCGGCGCCAUGCACAGAACGGCCGGCAUCCCUAACGGCAUCGGGCACAGCUCCACGGAGUUGCUCAUGCAGCCCCGGAACUCACUGUUAUCCCUGAUGGUGAAAAUGAUCCCCAGCCCCGACUGGUUUGUUGGUGUGGACAGCCUAAACCUCUGCGAGGGCAACCAGUGGAAACAGGAAGUGACCAUUGAUCUCCAGCCCUAUGAUGCUGGAACAGACAGUGGAUUCACUUUCUCAUCUCCCAACUUCCCCACCAGCCCCUUAGAAAACAUCACAAUGAUCACGUCUCAGAUGCCAAAUCAUCCAGCCAACUCCUUCUACUAUCCACGUUUAAAGGAGCUUCCACCUAUCGCCAGCAUAAGGAUUACUCAACAGAGCAGAUCAUCUGACCGCCAAACCCUAAUGUCCAAUCAUAUUCUGCCGAACUCUAUCAGUCCCCAGCGUUUCUCCGCGACACCAUUGGACUGUGAAGUGUCUCCCUGGUCAUCCUGGGGUUUGUGUCUUGGUCCCUGCUCCAGAGGUGGUGUCCGCCACCGCACACGUUACAUCCUGUUGCGGCCAGCCAAUGCUGGCGUCCCCUGCCCUGAGCUGGAGGAACAGGCUGAAUGCGUACCGCACAGCUGUAUGAGACUCCAGUAACCCACAGGGCGCACAAGCACAGAUACUGCCAGUAUUUAACACUGGGACUCUCAUGUUAUCACUGCUGGACUGAGAAAUGUUGCUGCAUCUGGAGCAUCUCCUUGGUAAUGCAAAGGAUUUUUGCAUCUGUCACAGUCAAAUUGUGGAAAUGAAAGACUUGCUGCCUCACCUGUGAAGCCCGUUGGUAUUAGAUCAUACACUCCUCUGGGUGUAUUUUAAUGGCAAUAAAGGGAAGUUCACGUCUGAGUGUAGCAGACAGUUAAUUAAUGCUUGAGAUAACACGUGUUCAGAUAAAAGUGAUUGACGAGAGGAAGAUAAAUGACAAAUGUGUCCCAUCAAAGACCAGUUUGAGACCUAUUAUUGGUUUGUUCAUCAUCAAUGACAUAUGCAUUUAAUCUGUACGCUGAUAGUGGCACUCCAGAGUCACAAAUCUUCCACACACUCUUAAAUGUAUGCACACAAAGGUCCUUGCACAUACUGCAUACUUUUACAAGCACGGAGGCGUUAGUUUACAAAGGUAACCUAUACAUGCUUGGCACAUGCAGCUCUUUCAAAAUAACCUCACACCCCGAUUUAUAAAUAUCACAUUUCACAAGAAACACCUAAUGGCUGGCUUGAGGCUUGGAGCUUGUCUAAAGAAGCUGGCCUAUUUUAUAAUAAGAUGCUUUUUUUUUUU